UGUUCAAUUCAAGACCCUUACAUAACUUACACGUGUUAUUUUUAUUAUAACAUCUGUUUAAAUGUAAAUUAGAAUUUUGUAAAGUAGAGUUGUCGAAAAAACAGUUAUUGAGAAUUUUGUGAAAUGGAAAACAUAUUAAAUGCUCACAACACUUACCGGCGGAAACAUCAAGCUCCAGAUUUAGUUUGGGAUGCCAGUUUAGCAAAAGGUGCACAAAAAUGGGCUGACCAUUUAGCGGCGAUUGGUAAACUUGAUCAUGAUGAUGGAGAGUUUGGAGAAAAUGUAUACUCACAGUGGUCUUCAGGUGAUGUGAAUAAAAAUGAAGCUGGCAUAAAAGCUGUGCACAAGUGGUACGAAGAAAUAAGCAAGUAUGACUUUAAAAAUCCUGGAUAUAAAAGUGGAGUUGGUCAUUUUACCCAAAUAAUUUGGAAGUCAUCUCGUAAACUUGGAUUGGGAGUAGUGAAGUGCCAAAAGAACGGAGGAAGCAGUGUAUACAUAGUUGCAAGAUACUUUCCAGCUGGUAAUAUGCUGAGACAGUUUGAACAAAAUGUUUUACCGCCAACAUUUUAAUAGUAGAAAAGGAAGAAACUUUGGCGAAAUCAAGGGAGAUAAUUUUGUGAAAUCUAGGCAAAGAAUACCUUUCGUGAAAUAUAGGGAAAUAUAUUGCAAAAUCAAGGGAAAAUCUUUCGUGAAAUCUCGGGAAAUAUCUUUCGCGGAUAGCCACUUUUAAUUUUCUUUGCGAGAAACAACUUUCGAGACUGAUAGUUUUAAUUUUUUAAAGUUUUCUGAGAUAGUAUAUGUUGCCGUAAAAUGCCAUCAACAAGGAAAAACACGUUAUUUUGAAUCAAUUCAAAGAUUGGUUAACAAUUACUACACAAAAAUAAUGUAAAGGGAAAUUUUGUCUUAUAAAAUAAAUUUCAGAAUAAAUAUAAAUCCGCGAGAA